GCGACGAGCAAACAAAACCGGAGAAACGAGUAGGCUGUCAGUCGGCAUGUGACCGAUCCAAAACAUAUCCACAUACCAUCUAACAGUCCGAAAUCCCUAGCGCCGAAAUGUCCAGCCCGGAGGCGGAUAGUGACCAGGAGAGAGAUGGCCAUGGACACAGACACGGACCUAGUGGCGGACGGAAGCGGUCCCGCAAGAGAAGGAUGCCACGUCAGGCGGGGGGCAGCGGACAUGAAAUCGAAACUGGACUUGGAGAUGCCGGUGGCGAUGGAGGAGGUGACCGACCAAUUAUUAAUGCGGAUCUACGGCAAAGCCGCACAUCGAUGGACCGAGCAGGCAGCGAUGCUACAGUAAUCACGGACCGGGCCAGCGACGUCAACGAGGGCAGCAUUACGGUGCCCGCGAAAGGAGUCCGCGGUGCGGGCCAUCGUCAGCCUGGGAAACACCUGAAACGCGGAAAGCACCAGAAGCAAUCCAAUAAGCAACGACUGAGCUUUCAUCCCAAGGGCGGGACCUCGCCAACCGGUGUCAAAUCGCGAAAUCCCAGCACAUCGAAGAUCACCACCGGUGCCUCGCUCAUUCCGGACCUGAAUCUGGUCAUCAACCGGAUGCGCGCCAAGAAGGAUGACUCGUUCGUCUAUAUGGACUACAUGCUGCCGCACGACAGCGAACUCUUUACGCCGUACAGCCUCCGGCUGGUGGAGUAUGCGGACCUGGACAUGGCCGAGCCCUUUUAUACGGUGACCAGGCAUGGUGUCACAUUUUGGCAUUGCUCCGAGAAUUUUUUCACGCCGCUCGACCAGUGGCAACAGGAGUUCCAGCAGUUCCUCAGCAUCAUCCAGAUUCGUCUCUUCUCCAUCUUUCGUCUAUGGAAGGGCUUCAAGGUUUGGGAGAAGACCAUCAAGUGGCGGAAAUUGAAUGAGGCUCGUGAUUACCUUCAAAACAAUUUGUUCAUCGUAAUACCGCAGCUGGCCAAGGCGAUUCUACGGAUGCGCAGCGACAUUGUCCAAAUGGAGCGUUUGAAUUUUGUGAAUACCAGCAACAUCGAGAACUGGCAUCCAUUUUAUUUCCUGGAGAUGCACAUGCGGAUUUACGAGCAACUGCAUCGCAUCUUCACCGAAUUUAGGGAGUUUACGGGCAAGACCUUGUUUCGUGCCUGCACAGACGCUAUCCAAGCACGUGGCUUUUACCCAGAUGACGAGGUUAACUACUAUCCCUCAAUGAAAAAGAUGCGCGAGGCGCACAGCUUUAUGGACCGGGCCCGAAAGAGGGCCUUCUGCAAGACGCUAACCAAUUUUCUCACCUACAGCGACAUGAUGGUCUAUCAGAUGCUAUACCGCAUCACCCUUAGGAGCUUUCAGGAUCUAGAGGAUGCCUUCGAGGUGCACGACGAGCUUGGCCCUUCCGAGGGGGACAUAAGCCAGCAAAUGCGGAUGGACAGAAAGAUCGAAAGGGCACGUCCGACCGACAAGCCCCAGAGUCCCUUUUUCGUGGCCAGGCUCCGUCUGCUGCCGGAUCGCAUCGAUGUCGAGCCCUCAGAGGAAGUGAUCAGGAUUAUCUUUCAACGCAUCACAGGGCUAAUACUCGAAACGGUGCUCGAGAUCCAUCCCUUUACCACGGAUCCCUUUUUCACGCAGUAUACAAAGCCUUCGAUUAUGGGACGUCAGGAGGAGGUGCUUUUCGAUGGAGCUCCUGAUUUGCAUUACUUGCUCCGCUCCGAUCCAGGUUUUCAGUAUAAUCGCAAAAACAUGUUUGUGCUGAUCCGCAAGGCCUUUGACCGAGCUCGUCUCUAUACCAUGAGGUUCCAGACCAUUCGCGAGAACUAUGAGAUAGACAAUAGCACGGAUCCCACGGUCCUAAACACGGAGAGAGAUCUCGUGACCCUGCGGGCCUACUGUGAUCGGUACUGUAACAAUGUGCGAGCCUUGGACGGGAUCCUGGACUUUGUGUACCUCGGACUGCUCAAGCUCACCCAGACGAAUUUCAAGGACACAGUGACGCCAGUCUGUUCGCGUCUGCAAAACAUCCUGGCCACCUAUCUGGUGAAGCUGGCCGAGGAGGAGACGGUACGGAUAUACGAGGGGGCGCAGGACUUUUACGGCAGAAUCUGCUAUGAACCACAAGAGACCCUCGAUAUAGUGGCCCACAUUCGAUUUCUGGACACGUGCUCCAACGAGCUGGAUGAGCUAUUUGGCGGCAUCGACUACGUGCACGAUCUGCUGUUGAUCAUCAAGGACUUUGGCAUACCCAUUGACGAUGAGUCCAAGGAGGACUAUAUGGACACGGAGGACUAUCUGAAUCGUACGCGUGAGACGCUGGCUGAGAUCAAGGAGAAGCGCCAGGACUUUAUCAAUCGGCUCGAGGAAGCCAUGCAGGAUGACAUAGAGGCGCUCAUGGAGGAGAUCCACGAGGUGGCCAUCGAGGCGGUGGAGCCGUGGCUGCUAGAUGCCAAAUCCAACCGGCAGGCCGUGGUCACUAAACUGGACGAAUUGCUGGAGCACCUGACCGCAUGCCGAGAGCGCGCCGACGAGUUCCUUGGCUACCAAAAGGAAUUCCAGAUCGAUCUGACCAUGUACGAGGAGAUGGCCAGCGGCUUCUAUGACAUACGGAUGCGCCAGAACCUGUACCGUACAUGGACCGAGUGGGAGGAGUCGCUGGCCGAGUGGAUAGCCGCCGAUUUCAACACACUGGUGGUGGCGGACAUCAUCGAGCUGAAUUCGAAGACCAUCAAGAACUGCCUUCAGUUCCAGAAGUAUUUGCCGCAGAAUAACAUUGUGCCCGUGCUCCAGGCAUCCGCGGAGGCCUUCAAGGAGAAGCUCCCGGUGAUUGGAUAUCUACGGAAUCCCAACCUAAGAGCCCGUCACUGGGCAGAGAUUGAGGACUUGCUGAACCACAAGUUCUUCCAGGAGAAGGACAUCAUUAUCCAGACGUACGAGGAUGUGCACGCCUUCGACGAUGUUAAUCUCGGCGAGGCCCUGAUGCAAAUCUCCUCCCAGGCCACCGGCGAGGUGCAACUGGAGAAUAUGCUAAAGAGCAUCGAGACCAUUUGGAAGGAGACGGAUCUGUUCAUUGUGCCGCAUCACGACCAAAAGGACGUCUUCAUCCUGGCGGGCACCGAGGAGCUGCAGGCCGUUCUAGACGACUCCAAUGUGAAUAUCAACACCAUUGCCGCCUCCAAGUUUGUGGGUCCCAUCAAGAGCAAGGUGGAUGAGUGGAUCAAUGCGAUGGAUCAGUUUGCCAAGACGUUCGAAAGCUGGAUGGACUGCCAGGGCGCUUGGAUUUACCUGGAGGCCAUCUUCGCCUCGGCUGACAUUCAGCGCCAGCUGCCCCAGGAGGCCAAGAUGUUUUUUGCGGUGGACAAGAGCUUCAAGGAGCUGGUGCGCCAGGCCAAAAAGGUUACCCUGGCUUUGCCCACCAUGUCCAGUGUGGAGGUUUAUCAGACGCUGGUGGAAAAUAAUCGUCUGCUGGACCUCAUUUCACGCGGCCUGGAGGCGUAUCUGGAGGUGAAGCGUGUGGUGUUUCCCAGAUUCUACUUCCUGUCCAAUGACGAGCUGCUGGAGAUCCUGGCCCAGACCCGCAUCCCCCAGGCAGUGCAGCCGCAUCUGCGCAAAUGCUUCGAUGCCAUUUAUCGUUUGGAAUUCGGCUCCAAGGAGGGCGGCGAUGGCAAGAAUGUGGCCACCAAUGAUAUCAUUGCCUUCCUCUCGCCCGAGGGCGAAAAGCUACAAUUUGGCAAGGGCCUCAAGGCCAGCGGUGCCGUGGAGGAGUGGCUGAACAAGGUGGAGGAGGCGAUGUUUGUGUCGGUGAAGCGUUACAUGCGCUUCGGCUAUCAAUGCUAUCCGGCCAAGGAGCGCGAGGACUGGUUCCAGGAUCAUCCCAAUCAAGUGGUACUCACCGUUUCUCAGGUGCAAUGGGCCGCCGACAUACAUCGCAUUUACGAGGGCAAAGAGCGUAAUCCGCUCAACAUACUGGAAAAGAUGUCCAAGUUUGAGAUCAAAUGCCUCAAGGAUUUGGGUGCCCUGGCGGCCUUGACGCGUAAGAAUAUAACCUCGCUACUGCGCAAGAUACUUUGCGCCCUCAUCACCAUCGAUGUCCAUGCCAAGGACUCGGUGAGGAUGCUUGUGGAAAAGCAAGUGACCAAGCCCAACGACUUCAACUGGCUGAAGAUGCUGCGUUUUUAUUGGGCAGAUGAAACAGAGACCGUCUACACCCGCAUGGCAGCCGCCAAUAUUCCCUACUAUUACGAAUACCUGGGCGCUGGUGGUGUCCUGGUGCUGACUCCCCUAACGGAUCGCUGCUACCUCUGCUUGAUGGGCGCCUUUCAGAUGGACCUGGGCGGAGCACCGGCUGGCCCCGCCGGUACUGGCAAAACAGAGACCACCAAGGAUCUGGCCAAGGCCCUGGCCAAGCAGUGUGUCGUCUUCAACUGCUCCGAUGGCCUCGACUACAAGAUGAUGGGUCGCUUUUUCUCGGGCCUGGCCCAGUGCGGCGCCUGGUGCUGCUUCGACGAGUUCAACCGCAUUGAUAUCGAGGUGCUGUCCGUGAUAGCCCAGCAGCUGAUCACCAUUCGAACGGCCAAGGCAAUGAAAGUUAAGCGCUUCAUUUUCGAGGGUCGCGAGAUCAAGAUCAAUCGCUCCUGCUGUGUUUUCAUUACAAUGAAUCCUGGCUAUGCCGGCCGCACAGAGCUGCCGGAUAACCUGAAGGCCCUCUUCCGGCCCAUCUCCAUGAUGGUUCCAGAUUAUGCUCUCAUUUCAGAGGUCAUCCUGUACUCGGAGGGCUUCGAGGAUCCCAAGAUCCUGGCCCGGAAGAUGGUGCAAAUGUAUCAGCUAUGCAGCCAGCAGCUGAGCCAGCAGAACCACUAUGACUUCGGUAUGCGAGCCGUAAAAUCCGUCCUGGUAAUGGCCGGAGCCCUGAAGCGUGCCUCGCCCAAUCAGCGUGAGGACAUCACUUUGAUUGCCGCCUUGCGGGACUCAAAUAUACCCAAGUUCUUGGCCGAUGAUGCCGUCCUCUUCCGGGGCAUACUCAGUGACCUGUUUCCGGGCGUCGAGCUGCCGGACUCGCAGCAUCCAGAUCUGGAGGCCAGUCUCCAUUUGGGACUUCGAAACAAAAACCUACAGCCGGUGGCAACAACUUUAAGGAAGUGCCUGCAGCUCUACGAGACGAUGUGCGUCCGUUGGGGCGUCAUGCUGGUGGGUCCCACCGGCGGCGGCAAGUCCGUUGUCCUGCAUGCCUUGGAGUUUGCCCUGUCGCAUCUGUUUGAGAACGAGGUCCAGGAUCCCAACUUCCGGCCAGUGGUCAUCCAGACAAUGAACCCCAAGGCGGUGUCCAUGAACGAGCUAUACGGCUAUGUGGAUCCCAAGACCCUGGAGUGGCAGGAUGGCCUGCUGGGACUGGCGGUUCGAACGGCCACCACAGUGGAAGACGAAAUCCACCAGUGGAUCAUGUGCGAUGGACCCGUGGACGCCGUCUGGAUUGAGAAUCUAAACACUGUCCUGGACGACAACAAGAUGCUGUGCCUGGCCAACUCGGAGCGCAUCAAGCUGACCGCCUGGAUUCACAUGCUCUUCGAGGUGCAGGACCUGCUGCAGGCCUCACCGGCCACCGUCUCCCGCUGCGGCAUGGUAUACGUGGAUCCGGGGGAUCUUGGCUGGCUGCCGCUGGUCGAUACCUGGCGUGAGGUAAACAUGGAGCACCUGCUGCCCGCGCCCCUGGCCGAGUUCCUCUACCAGCUCUUCGUUGGCUACUUUGACAAGGCUUUGAAGAUCGAGCGGAAGCGGGCGGUGUAUACCAUCAAUCAGGUUCUAGGCUCCAAGGUGGCUCUGUGCUGCACACUUACCAUGUCGCAACUGGAGGCCAUCAAGUGGUCAGCUAUAGGGGCAGAGCCGGCCAAGGAGCUGCUAAUCAAGAUCUUUGCAUGGACAGUGCUUUGGGCUAUUGCCUCGAACCUCAAGGAUGCGGAGAAGGUGUCGUUCGAGGAGCAGUGGAGCAGGGCCAUUGGCCAGCAUCCCAAUAUGAUGCUGCCCAAGCAAUCAAUGUGGAACUAUCGGGUCAAUCUGGAGACCAUGGACUGGGAAUCCUGGAACGAGAUCAUGGCCGAGUUUGUCUUUAAUGAGGACAUAUCCUACUACGAUAUGCUGGUGCCCACGGUGGACACUACCAAAUACGGUUAUGUGGCUGAUCUGCUCUUCAGCAAGAGCAUGCCUGUGAUGGUCACCGGGGAGACUGGCGUGGGCAAGACAGUGCUGGCCAUCAGCUGCAUGAAGCGUCUGUCCGAGGGCAAAGUCAUACCCGUGAUCCUUAAUUUCUCCGCCCAGACGAGCAGUGUGCGCACCCAGGAGAUGAUCGAGGGGCCGCUGGAGAAGCGCAAGCGCACCCAACUGGGCGCUCCUGUGGGCAAGACGGUCAUUGUGUUCAUCGACGACGUGAAUAUGCCCAAACUGGACACUUAUGGUGCCCAGCCGGCCAUUGAGCUGCUGCGUCAGUUUCUGGACUUCAAGGGCUUCUACGACCGGGAGAAACUCUACUGGAAGGAGAUCCUGGACGUGGUGCUGGGCUGCGCCUGUGCCCCGCCCGGUGGUGGUCGGAAUCCGCUGACCCCGCGCUUCGUCCGGCACUUUGCUUUGUUCUCGCUGCCAAAGCCCAACGAGGAGACCCUCACCCAGAUCUUUAAUGGCAUCCUGCGCGGCUUCCUGCAGACCUUCUCCAGCACCAUCCGCAACCUGUCGGAGAACAUGGUGAAGGCUUGUGUGGACGUCUACAUGCGGGUGGCCAAUGUGAUGCUGCCCACGCCGGACCGCUCCCACUAUAUCUUCAAUCUGCGCGAUCUGUCCAAGUGCAUCCAGGGGAUUCUGCAGGCCAGCAAUCUUCACUACAAUCAGGAGCAGCAGAUCCUGCGACUCUUCUACCACGAGACCACACGCGUCUUCCACGAUCGUUUGAUUAAUCAAGAUGACAAGAACCUGUUCAAAUCGCUGAUGAACUCCGUCUGCCAGGAUCACUUCAAUCGCGAAGUGGUCCGCAACGAUGAGCCGCCCAUCCUGUUUGGUGACUUCAUGGUCUUUGGCAAGCCUAAAGAGGAGCGAAUCUACGAGGAGAUCAAGGACCACAACAAGCUGGAGAGCGUGCUCAACGAUUACAUUGUGGACUUCAACUCGAUGGGCGGUGCCAAGUCCAUGAAGCUAAUCCUCUUCCAGGACGCCAUGGAGCACACUGUACGCCUGGCCCGCCUCCUGCGCAGCGACCGGGGCAAUGGACUCCUUGUCGGCGUCGCCGGCAUGGGUAAGCAGUCGCUCACCCGGCUGGCAUCCCACGUCAACGAGUACAACUGCUGGCAGAUCGAGAUGCGGCGCAACUACGACCUCAAUGCCUUCCACGAAGAUCUGCGGGUUCUUUACCGCAUCGCAGGCAUUGAUAACCAGCCGGUGACAUUCCUGAUGAUCGACAGCCAGAUUGUGGAGGAGGAGUUCCUCGAGGACAUCAACAACAUCCUCAACUCCGGCGAAGUGCCCAAUCUAUUCGAAGGCGAUGAGUACGAAAAGGUCUUACUGGAUGCCCGGGAUUCCUGCAAUGAGGCCAGAAAAGAUGAGCCGUGCCAGCGCGAUGAGAUCUACAAGUUCUUCAUCAACCGAGUGCGUAAUAAUCUGCACGUGGUGAUGUCUAUGAGUCCGGUGGGCGAUGCCUUCCGGCGGCGAUGCCGCAUGUUCCCCUCGCUGGUCAACUGCACCACCAUCGAUUGGUUCACCAGCUGGCCCACAGAAGCCCUCUACUCGGUGGCCCUGGGGCUGCUCACGAAGAUUGCCCCCAAAAUGGAGGAUCGCGUCUCGCUGGCCAGCACAACGGUCUUCAUACACAAGACAGUGGAGGAUGCCUCGGUGCGAUUCUACAAGGAGAUGAAGAGACACUACUAUACCACGCCCAGUAGCUACCUGGAACUGCUGAAACUCUAUCAGAAUCUUCUCAAGCUGAAGAACCAGGAGAUCAUAGCGAAGAGGAAGCGGAUUGCGAAUGGCCUGAACAAGUUGCUGGAGACCAAUGAAGUGAUUGCGGUCAUGCAAAAGGAACUGGAGGUGAUGGUGCCCCAGUUGGAUGAGAAGUCGGCCAUGAUGAAGUCCCUGGUGGACAACCUGACCAAGGAGACUAAGCAGGCCGAUGCUGUAAAGCAAAGUGUGCUCGAGGAUGAGACAAAUGCCAAGGAAAAGGCAGCGGUGGCCCAGGCCAUUUCCGAGGAUGCCAGCAAGGAUCUGGAGAUAGCCAUGCCCGCCCUGCGUGAGGCCGAGGAUGCCCUUAAGGGUCUGACCAAGGCGGAUAUCAAUGAACUGAAGUCCUUUACCACGCCACCGGCCUUGGUACAGUUUUGCAUGGAGGCCGUGUGCAUACUCCUGGGCGCCAAACCCACUUGGGCCUCCGCCAAGGCCAUAAUGGCGGACAUUAACUUCAUCAAGAGGCUUUUCGAGUACGACAAGGAGCACAUGAAGGAGGAGACGCUAAAGAAGGUGAAGAAAUACAUCGAUCACAAGGAUUUUGUGCCGGCGAAAUUCGAGAAAGUCUCCAAGGUGGCCAAGUCGGUGAGCAUGUGGGUGAUUGCCAUGGACAAGUUCUCCAAGGUGUACAAGGUGGUGGAGCCGAAGAUCAAGCGCAAGGAGGCCGCCGAGGCGGAGCUCAAGGAAGUGAUGACAGUGCUGAGGCAGAAGCAAAAGGAGCUGGCCGCCGUCGAGGCCAAGAUCCAGGCGCUGCGCGAUAGCUUGGAGGAGAAGCAGCGCGAGUUCCAGGUGAUUCAGGAUAAUGUGGAUCUCACCUAUGGCCGGAUCGAUCGGGCCGGGCGACUCACCUCCGCCCUGGCCGACGAGCAGGUACGCUGGCGUGAGACGGUCAAGUCGCUAACCGGCGAUUUGGCAUGCGUCCCUGGCGAUGUCCUAGUGGCCGCCGCCUGUGUGGCCUAUCUGGGUGCCUUCUCGCAUCAAUAUCGACGCGACAUGUGCGCCUUAUGGGUGACCAAGUGCAGCGAGUUCAAGAUUCCCUCCAGUCCGGAGUUCAAUCUGCUCAAGGUCCUCGGCGACCCCUAUGAGAUGCGCCAGUGGAAUGUUGAUGGUCUGCCCAAGGAUAACAUAUCCAUUGAGAAUGGCAUCUAUGCCACGCGAGCCUUGCGAUGGGCUCUCAUGAUCGAUCCGCAGGAGCAGGCCAAUCGCUGGAUCCGCAACAUGGAAAGAAACAACAAUCUGCAGGUGAUCAAGAUGACCGAUUCGAGCAUGAUGCGUGUCCUGGAGAACAGCGUGCGUCAGGGUUAUCCGGUGUUGCUGGAGGAGAUCAACGAGACAAUUGAUCCCAGUUUGAGGCCCAUACUCCAGCGGGAGACAUACCGCUUUGAGGGACGCACCUACCUCAAGCUGGGCGACCAGGUGAUUGACUAUGAUGAUGGCUUUAAGCUGUAUAUGACCACCAAGCUGCCCAAUCCCCACUAUCUGCCCGAGGUGUGCAUCAAUGUGACAUUGGUCAACUUUCUGGUCACGGAGAUGGGUCUCGAGGAUCAGCUACUGGCCGACAUUGUAGCCAUCGAGCUGCCCGUGAUGGAGGCCCAGCGCAAUGACCUGGUGGUCAAGAUCAACUCGGACAAGCAGAUGCUUUUGGGGCUUGAGGACAAGGUCCUAAAGCUGCUCUUCAACUCUGAGGGCAAUAUCUUAGACGACGAGGAGCUGGUGGAGACCCUGAAUGAUGCCAAGGAAACAUCUCUGAUCAUUGCCGCCCGUCUGAUUGACACCGAGGAAACGGAGAAGGUUAUUACAGCCUCGCGGGAACGUUAUCGUAUCCUGGCCUCCCGAGGUGCCAUCCUGUACUUUGUGGUGGCCGGCUUGGCCGAGAUUGAUCCCAUGUACCAGUACAGCCUCAAGUACUUCACCCAAGUCUUCUGCAAUGUCCUGAAGCUGGAGCAUCCCCAGCAAAGCGUGGAAGUGCGCAUUGCUACCAUGAUGACCGACGAGCUGAAGGCCAUUUUCGAUAAUAUAUCUCGGGGAUUGUUCGAGAACCACAAGAUCAUCUUUAGCUUCCUGCUGGCUUUGUCUGUGGAGCGGCAGGAGGGUCGUGUCAGCGAGGAGGAGUUCAACUUCCUCACUCGCGGCGCCGUGGGAAAUAUCCGGCAAAAGAAGCAGCCGGACAGCAUUAAGCUCAGCCAGCUGGAGUGGGACACCUGCCUGUAUCUGGAGGACAACUUCGGCUCGGCCUUUGGCGGCUUCACCGACGAGCUGGACAAGCCCUUCUUUCUGCAGCUGAUGGGCAACACGGAGGUGUUUGACUUUGCCGAAACCAACAAGACGCCGACGGACAAGUGGGACAAGAAGCUACGAAUCUUCCACAAGCUCAUGUUCAUUUCGGUGUUCCGGAAGCCGAGGUUCCUUCUGAACGUGGUCUGCUAUCUCCAGGCCACCGUGGGAAGGUACUUUACCGACUCCAAGGGCGGCACCCAGCUGAGCACCGUCUACCUGGACACUUCCGCUGUAACGCCGCUCAUCUUUGUUCUCUCCACCGGCUCUGAUCCCAUGUCGGGCUUCUUGAAGUUCACCACCCAGAUGCAGUUCACCGAUAAGUACUACUCGAUCUCGCUGGGCCAGGGCCAGGGUCCGCUGGCGGAGAAUCUGAUUGAAAAGAGCCUGCGUUUGGGUCACUGGGUGUUCCUGCAAAACUGCCACUUGGCCACCUCGUGGAUGCAGACGCUGGAGACGAUCGUACGCAACCUAACGCUGGGCAUUACCAAGGCUCAUCCAGAGUUCCGGCUGUACCUCUCCUCCAUGCCCAUUCAAACGUUUCCGAUUAGUGUCCUGCAAAACUCGGUGAAGAUCACCAAUGAGCCGCCAAAGGGGAUCAAGGCGAACGUACUGGGUGCCUUGGCGGAUCUCAAGCCGGACUUUUUUGAGCAGCACAUCCAGAAUGGCAACUGGCGGGCCAUUGUCUUUGGGCUGUGCAUGUUCCAUGCGGUGCUUUUGGAGCGGCGCAAGUUCGGCCCGCUUGGCUGGAACAUAACCUACGAGUUCAGCGAGAGCGAUCGGGAAUGUGGCCUAAAGACACUCGAUUUCUUUAUUGAUCGGGGAGUCCUCGAUGACAUACCAUGGGAGGCGAUCCUGUACAUCAAUGGCGAGAUCACCUGGGGCGGCCGCGUGACGGACUACUGGGACCUGCGCUGCCUGCGCACUAUUCUCAUGAUCUUUUCUUCUCAGAGGAUCAUCCAGCCGGAGUACAAGUACUGUCGCGGCGAUAGUUACUAUCGUGAUCCUCGCAAGAAAACGCUGGCCGAGUACUCGCUGUUCGUGCAGGACUUUCCGGUGCUGGAGGAUCCAGAGAUCUUUGGCAUGAACCAGAAUGCCAAUAUUGUCUUUCAGACCAAGGAGACGGCCUUCUUUAUCAAUACUUUGCUGCUGGGCCAGCCCAGAUCGGCGGCGGACGAGGGUCAGGCGGCAGAGAAUGAGAUAUGCCAGCAGAUCAUCUCGAGGAUUCAAAAGGCUCUGAUUCAGAAGAUCAAAAGGGAGCCCCUGCACGACACGCUUUCGGUGCUGGACAGCAAGGGCCAGGUGCCAUCGCUGACCAUUGUGCUGGUCCAGGAGAUUGACCGCUUUAAUAUAUCGCUGGGCAUCAUCCAUGACAGCUUGGCCAACCUCUCGAAGGCCAUCAAGGGUCUGGUGGUGAUGUCCGAUGAACUGGAGAAUGUCUUUAAGGCUCUGCUCUCCAACAUAGUGCCCGCAUCGUGGGCCAAGCGCAGCUUCCUCUCCAUCAAGCCGCUGCCCAGCUACAUUGCAGAUUUCCAGCGGCGGAUUGACUUCAUCCAGCAUUGGGCAGAGAAUGGGGCACCACGCUCCUAUUGGCUGAGUGGCUUCUUCUUUCCGCAGUCCUUUCUCACCGGCAUCCUGCAGACAUACGCUCGCCGGCGUACUUUGCCCAUUGAUUCGCUAAAGAUUGACUUUGAUGUGGUGGAAAAGGUCCUGGUGCAGCAGGACUUUUUCGAGGCGCACACCCAUGACAUUAAUGACCAAAAACUGUAUGGCACCUUGCCAGAGUGCACGGAUGCCAAUAUCCAUGUGCAUGGAAUUUUCAUUGAGGCCGCUCGCUGGGAUCUCAGCCAGGGCGGACUGUGCGAUGCCAACUUUGGGGAGCUGUACACCCGAAUGCCGGUGGUGCGGUUUAAGCCCUGCCUGGAGAUUGCCCCCCUGGUGCGGUACGAGGCGCCGGUCUACAAGACCCAACAGAGAUCUGGUGUCCUCUCCACCACCGGUCAUUCUACCAACUUUAUACUGUCCAUUUUGCUGCUAAGCAAAAAUGAUCCCGAGUUUUGGAUAAUGCGAGGCACGGCCCUGGUCUCGGGUGUCCUGGAGAAUCUCUCUUAAGAUUUAGAUACCAAUUUUUCCUUUAAGUUGAUUUAUAGUUUUGAUUUUCAUUGCUGCA